UGCUUUGGAAGCGCUCUGGCGGCGGCGGCGGAGAGGGGAGCGGGCGGCGGCAGCCGCCGUCGCUACCGCCCGGCCUCCUUUGUCCCCUCCCUCCCAGCGCCGAGCCGAAACCGACGGGGAGCUGGCCGCUCGGGGAUCCGCUCCCCUCGCCACAGCAGCGCUGUCUAGGUCGCCAUCUUCACCUCCAUCCACCCCGCCCCGGAGCCUCCCGGCCGGGCUCGCAACGCCGCGCCCCAACGCGCAGGGAGGGCGCUCGGCCGGGAGCGCGGGAGGGGGCCCGCACCCGCUGCAUGUGACUGCCCGGCCGCGUCGGACGCCCCGCCGAUCGCGCCCGCAUCCUCCUUGCAGUCGCCCCGCAACGCGGGGAGAGGCGCGGGACGCCCUGCGGAGGGGUACGGAGGUUCCGAGGCGCAGCGGGCAGACAAAGGAGCGGGCGCCGCCGUGGGCAGAGGCUGAGAGAACAUAAGGUCCUGGGACUUUCUGCUCUGAAGUUGAUAUGAUUGAAACUAAUUGGGGAUAUCUUCAGUAAAUAACUUGCUGCUUACAGAAACGACUGAAAUAACUGAAGUUGUGAAAUACAGGUUCACAUAACGCUAGGGACCAAAGAAGCAUAAGUAACAUUUCCAUGGUGCUGGGACCAGUCUGUUGGGAGAAGAUUUCUGAAGUAACUUUUUAACUACAUCGUGUUUGUCCUGAGAGUAUCUUGAGAGAAGAGUUCAAGAAAGGAAAAAUUCCCACAUCAGAACCAUCACAAAUAAAUCUAUUUAAAGAACUAGCGACCUGGGGAUACUUUUAUAGAGAUCAAGUCCUAGUUCUCAACUGUGAUCACACUUCAGACUGUAAACAAUGAGUGAAUUCUGGUUGUGUUUCAACUGCUGCAUUGCAGAACAGCCUCAGCCUAAAAGACGACGACGCAUAGAUCGAAGCAUGAUUGGGGAGCCAACAAACUUUGUUCACACAGCUCACGUUGGAUCGGGAGACCUAUUCAGUGGGAUGAAUUCGGUGAGCUCAAUUCAGAACCAAAUGCAAUCCAAGGGAGGCUAUGGAGGCGGCUUGUCUGCAAAUGUUCAGAUGCAACUUGUAGAUACAAAAGCAGGAUAACCUUGGGGAUAUCUUUCUAGUUAAUGUGAGUUUCUACAUCUUCUUUCCUGUGUCCUCUCUUUUGCCUUGGUGACUGCUUUCUGUGUUCAUGAAAAGAGAGAAGUAAUGGCUUAUUGUUCACCCUUUGUGAUCACUCCAGUGAAACGUUGCUGCUCUGCUCUGAUGAUGCCAUUUUUCAGAUUGGUCCAACUGUGCCUUUCAAUGGCAUGCACACAUUGGCCUCUACCAGUACCAUGGACUUGGAGCUUUGUAGGGUUGUUUUUAGGUUAUUGUUUGUUUUAAGGCAAAUCAAAGCACCAGCCUUAGCUUCCCUCACCCCUCACAAAUACUAAUGCACAGCAUUGUGUUGCUUUUUAUUCUUUAAAUCUUUUUCUCCACUCAUGUAAUUUAGAAAUGAUUGAGUUUCCAGUAAUGUUUUUAAUCACUCGUUGUUCAUAUCAGUUUUUGAAAGGUCUGGGACCUGCAAGCACAAAUGAUUAUUUGUUACAAAAUCAGCAGAGUAGAUGACUGCAUGCUUUGUGAGGUUGCUUUGUACGGUGGCCUGUUUGGUGCCAGAAAAAAAACUGUGUAUUGCAGACUGAUGAUACUGUUGCUGGUGAAGAAUUACGCUGUGACACAAGUCAUGCCUGUUUCUGAAAAAGGACUUGUAACUUAGCUGCUUCAGAGUUAUGUCUUUAUUUUAGUUUUUAUCCAACGGGUCUUGAAAUAAUAAAGAGAAAGCUUGCAUUCAUAAGGCAUUUGUUGUAAAUGUUCGGUAAACCAGUGUAGUACCGUAUCUCGGUGUUGUGGAAGCGCUUUAAACUAUUUAGAAAGCAUCAUGUUUGACUGCUUCUUUUUCUUUUUACAAUUUUUCUUGAUUUUAGGCUGUGUGGUCAUUUCCAGUGGCAGCAUGUCAGACUGCCUGCAAUAUUAGCUGAAACGUUUAGUAGACCUCUCUAAGUAGUUGGCUGUUUCUGUGUACUAAAUAUUUAGGGGCCAUGGAAGUUGCUAAGAGCAACAUACUAAUCUGGCAGAACAGAUGCCAGUGAAAACAACAUACAGGGUGACUUUUUACUAAGUCAGUAAAAAGCCUUUUGCUCAGGUUCCAAAGCAUGUUUCUUUCACACGUUGUGAAACUUGUAUUUUAAUAUUGCACUGUUUUCUGUAUCUUAUCUCUGUAAAUGGUCUCUUCUUGCUAUAGUUUGGAAAAAGUCAGUGAUGCUAGUACUGCUUGAGUUAUUUUUUUAUGUGAAAAAAAUCAUUCCAAGAAGGCGUAAGUGAGCCUAGUCAGCUCCAUUUUUGUACAUAAGCACACACGUGCUUAUAAAUAUAGACUGCUGUCAUAAGUGAUUCUUUACUCUUUUUCCAUGCUUUCCCUGAUUUCACAUUGCAACAACUGUUAGACUGAGUCAAAAAUAUAUAAACCUACCUACUCUUCUCUCAGUUCACACACACCACACCAAAUGCAGGAUGGAGGUAGUUUGUUUCCCCUCAGUAGUAUUCCUGUGGUAGAUGUCAGUUAUCUGGUUGAAUAGCUCCAGUUAGUCUCUUUAGUCUUCACUGUUGAAGGUACUGAUUCAUGAUGACAGAAGAUCAAGACAUUCAGUUCUCUGGGUACAUAAACACAUGUCAAUGAAGCGAUUUUUUUUAAGAAUCAGCAUUUCCAGUGCCACGUAAAUCAAUGAGUCUUAAAUACACAAUGAUUAGAAAAUGAUUUGAACUUUGACAUCGUUAACAGCAGCUUAAAUUUGCUUGCCAAAAUGAUCUUGCACUUGUCAAAAUGUUUCAGCUCACCAGAAAAAAAAAAAUUGACAUAUUUUUAUAACAGACAUACUUUUUUUUUGUACAUGACAUUCAUUCUUGAAAAAAGUCAGUUCAGUGUUGGCUUGUAGACAUUAAGAGGGAAAUAUUGACAUUGAUUCAAUAAAUGUUUUCUUUCA